AUGGAUAACAGCGCUCAUAAGCAGGAACUUCUGGAAAUGGUGGAAAAUAUUCUCAAGAAAAUAGAUCUGUUGCCCUUACACCCCAAGUACAAAUUGGAACUCUAUCAAUUUUACUUAAUGUCGAAAAUUUCCUGGCAUUUAACUAUUGCCGAUAUUGAAAAGACCUGGAUAAAAGAAAAUUUAGACAACUUGUGUCAUAAUAAGUUACGUAGAUGGCUAGAGAUUCCUCCCAAUGGUACUCUUGACAUUGUUCUCUUAGCGAAAACAAAGUUUGGCUUGAAUGUUAUUGAUGUUUCCACUAAGCAUGCUCAGUGUCAGCCACUGUCAGGUAUCUUUUAG